ACAAAUUGCACUAAGUGCAUAGCCUAAUAUCUUAAGCUACCAUCUGUCUCUGGUUUCAAUUCAAAUGCGGACUAAAUCCUUUUGUCAAGGGGCUCUUCUAGGCUUCUUGGCUUGCUUCUUGUUUGCUGUCAGCUGCUAUGGCGUGCCUGCAGGUCAAGACUCUUCAGGGCUUAUUGUAACUACUGAUAUAAAGUCUCAUAAUGGAGAGUUCAGAGAGGAUGCAGUUCAUGACAAAGGGAAAUUCAAUAUUCCAACUUUUAAGAAACCUCUCAUUCCCAUUUUUAAGAAGCCACUUCCACCACUGGUUCCAAUUUUCAAGAAGCCCCUUCCUCCAUUAACUCCAAUUUUCGAGAAGCCAUUAUCACCACCAAUUCCAGUUUUCGAGAAACCAUUACCACCACCAAUUCCAGUUUUAAAGAAGCCACCCCCUCCACCAGUUCCAAUUUCCAAGAAGCCAUCACCACCUCCACCAGUUCCAAUAUUCAAGAAGCCAUCACCACCACCUAUUCCCUUUUUGAAGAAACCACCCCCUCCACCAGUUCCAAUUUUUGAGAAGCCAUCACCUCCACCUACACCAAUUUUUGAGAAGCCAUUACCACCACCUGUUCCAAUUUUUGAGAAGCCAAUUCCUCCACCAAUUCCAAUUUACGAGAAGCCAUUACCACCACUAGUUCCAAUUUUUGAGAAGCCAAUUCCUCCACCUGUUCCAAUUUAUGAUAAGCCAUUACCAUCACCAAUUCCAAUUUUUGAGAAGCCAAUUCCUCCACCAAUUCCAAUUUAUGAGAAGCCAUUGCCACCACCUGUUCCAAUUUACAAGAAGCCAUUACCACCACCAGUUCCAAUUUUUGAGAAGCCAAUUCCUCCACCAGUUCCAAUUUACGAGAAGCCAUUGCCUCCACCAGUUCCAAUUUACAAGAAGCCAUCACCACCGCUUGUUCCAUUUGUGAAGAAGUCACCCCCUCCACCAGUUCCAAUAUUCAAGAAGCGAUCACCACCACCUAUUCCCUUUUUGAAGAAACCACCCCCUCCACUAGUUCCAAUUUUUGAGAAGCCAUUACCUCCACCUACACCAAUUUUUGAGAAGCCAUUACCACCACCUGUUCCAAUUUUUGAGAAGCCAAUUCCUCCACCAGUUCCAAUUUACGAGAAGCCAUCACCACCACCUGUUCCAAUUUACGAUAAGCCAUUACCACCACCAAUUCCAAUUUUUGAGAAGCCAAUUCCUCCACCAAUUCCAAUUUAUGAGAAGCCAUUGCCACCACCUGUUCCAAUUUACAAGAAGCCAUUACCACCACCAGUUCCAAUUUUUGAGAAGCCAAUUCCUCCACCAGUUCCAAUUUACAAGAAGCCAUUGCCACCACCUGUUCCAAUUUAUGAUAAGCCAUUACCACCUCCAGUUCCUGUUUUCGAUAAGCCAUUACCACCCCCGACUCCAAUUUUUGAGAAGCCAUUACCACCACCUGUUCCAACUUUUAAGAAGCCACUUCCUCCGCCAGUUCCAGUUUUUAAAAAGCCAUUACCACCCCCUACUCCAAUUUUUGAGAAGCCACUUCCUCCACUAGUUCCAGCUUUAAAGAAGCCAUCACCAUCCCCAGUUCCAGUUUUUGAGAAGCCACUUCCUCCACCAGUUCCAUAUUACAAGAAACCACAACCACCACCUAUUCCUGUUUUUGAGAAGCCAUUACCACCUCCAGUUCCAAUUUUCGAGAAGCCAUUUCCUCCACCAGUUCCAGUUUUCAAGAAGCCACUUCCUCCUCCAGUUCCAGUUUUCAAGAAACCAUUACCACCACCAAGACCAAUUAUCAAGAAGCCAUUACCGCCACCAAUUCCAGUUUUCAAGAAGUCACAUCCUCCACCAGUUCCAUUUUUCAAGAAGCCCUUACCACCACCAAGUUCAGUUUUCUAGAAACAAUUAUUACUACGAAUUUCAAAUUUCAAUAAGCAUUUCUCCACCUACUUUAGAUUUUAAGAAUCCACUUCUUCCAAUAAUUUUAGUUUUCAAGAAGUCCUUUCCAACCCUUUUUCCCAUUAUGAAGAAACCACUUCCUCCUAAGUAACUUAAUUAUUCCACUUUUGGAGAAGCUUUAGCCUCCAAAUUCCAGUUUUUUAAUGCCACUUUCACCAACAAGGCAUAUUCUCUAGAAGUUAGUUUUUCCCUCUUUUCCAAUUCUCAAGCCAAUAGUUAAUUAGAACCCUGUUAUUUAGGAAGGAAGGGGGUUGGGGGACUAUGAUGAAGCAAUAAGAACAAAGGAAUGGACAAAGUGAGCGAUUGUUAUAUAUAUGUAAUGUAAGUACUUAUGAAAAUCAUAUAUUGUUGUUGUUGUCGUCAAAUGCCUACUAUCAAAUAUAAAAAAGUGGAUGGUGCUUAUCGAAA